ACGCAGUACCGUGCUGAGCGACAGAGACGAGGACUUUCUCUCCGAUGCCUGGCCUGGCCUGGCUUCAUCAAAUCUCCCAAUUCCCCUCCCCUCCCCUCCCCUCCUCCCUCCUGAGCUCCGUCCUCCUGACUGACUGACUGACUGACUGAUGAACUUUUGCGCUUCCAUCUUCUGUUUCCAUCUCACUGUUGUGGCUUGGCCCUGUUGACUGACUGCCGACUGUCGUGUCUCCGUCUCCAUUCCCUUCUCUCCCACUCCCUCCCCUCAGUCCGUCUGACUGCCCGACAUUGGAUCAACAAGCCUGAUCGUCUACAUCUCCGCCAGGUUUCACCCACUCCACGGCCCACGGCACCACCUGCUUUUAAUUAAUCUGCUCCUUGCCUGUCGUGAACUACUCUACUACUACCGAGCGAUACACAGCCCGCUACCUACACCUUACCUACCUACCCGCGCUGUUUGCGACGACAACGACGGCAUCUCUCACACGUGAAGAAGCAUCAGACGCCAGACGCCAGACGACAUACGCUACUAUCACCAUUACAUACACCCCUUUGCGCCUAAUCCAAUUGUAAUCACCAACACGAUACCCCAGUCCGCUCCUUAGUUCCGCUUCCUGCCCAUCGCCAGUCGACAACUCAUCAUCAGUCCCUUCCACCACCACACUCCUUUGUCGCGAUCCGAUUGAACUUGUCGUGUCGUCCAUAGACACCUAAACCACACCACUCCGGUCGAACUCGCAACCACCCACCACCACCACCACCACCACUCUCACACACAUCCACAACCUCUCCCUUCAGACCACCGCCAAAAUGGGCAACGUCAUGUCCCUCGGCUUCAUGGCCAAGCUCUUCGGCACCAAAGAAGUCCGUGUGCUCAUGCUCGGUCUCGACGCCGCCGGCAAGACCACCAUCCUGUACAAGCUCAAGCUGCAAGACCACGUCACCACCAUCCCCACGGUUGGCUUCAACGUCGAGACGGUCACCCUCCGAAACAUCAAGUUCAACAUCUGGGACGUCGGCGGCCAGGACAAGAUCCGUCCCCUCUGGCGCCAUUACUACUCGGGUACCCAGGGUCUGAUUUUCGUGGUGGACAGCGCGGACCAUAACAGAAUCGACGAGGCGCGGGUGGAGUUGCAUCGGAUUAUCAAUGAUCGCGAGAUGAAGGAUUGCUUGUUGUUGGUGUUUGCUAACAAGCAGGAUAUUGCUGGUGCCAUGACUCCCCAGGAAGUCACCGAGAAGCUCCAGCUCAACAAGCUCAAGGACCGCAUCUACGCCGUACAACCCACCAUUGCGAUAGACAAGGCCGGUCUGCAGGAGGGCUUCAACUGGCUGUCCGAUAACAUGAAGGCUGCCCAGAAGCAGUGAUCGAUUUCUAACCUCGAUCGAUUUCGACAUCAAUAAAACACACACAGGGAGGGCCGCCCGCUCGGUGUCGACGUAUGGGAUCUGACUGGUUGGCCGGCCGGCCGGCUGUCUAAUUACUCUAGCUGGCUAGCUGGCUUGCUCGGUCGGCCGGAAGGCUUCCCCGUCCGUUACUUCCAAGCUUCAGUCCCGUAGAUGGAUAAUGACAACCUCGCUUCGAGACAAGAUCGCAAGAAAACCGAUACCCCCAAUCAGACCGAAAGCCCUGACUCUAUAGCGACGGCCCAGGCCAGAAAGAAAGAAAGAAAUGGAAGAAGGGAGAGGAAGUUGGUCAUGACACAUCCCAAGAAAUGCUUUUUGUUCUAACGAAAACGGGAGAUGUCCAAGCCUCGGCUCGGGGUACGCAACGAACAGAAGGACUUGGCUUGGCUGGGUGGAGGAAGAAAGAGAGGAGGAAGAAGCAUAAAGGACAACGAAAAUAAUCCGUAAUUUACCCUAGUCACCUGAUUUGUGUUGUCGUUGUUGUUGUUAUUUGGCGCGUGGCUUUUGACAUCCUUUUUGUUUGGUUAGCACAGAGAGGGAAGCUAGGGGGAGGGGAGGGGACAGUAACAGCUACCUUGGUUGGUUGGAGCUGAAUACAAAAGAGAGGUAGAAAGGCAGAGAUAGAGACAGAGAGAGACAUAUUGGUGGUGGAGGCAUCAUAGGAUACCCGGGUAACUUGCUUUUUCUUCUUCCUUUUUUUAUACCUAACUUUUUUUGUUUUAUAGCGAGCUGCGUUGGUAGUUAGUUGUAUGAAGAGAGAAAGAGAGUUGUUGGUACGUA